AUGUUAAGAAAAAGUCUCAUGGUAGACCAUAUUUACCUGUCCUUGCUACCAAAAGACAGGCACAGGUGCAAGUGGAUAGCAAACAUGGUCGUGCUUCAAUGCUUCUUCGUGUAUGCUGGAGCUAUUUCUAUCAUUUACUGUUUUUGGUCCCCCCAAAGGGCUUACUUUGAAUAUGACAAGUUGGUCCGGAUAAUGUACCUCUUCGACUAUGAAUCUUGCGGCUAUGCCCUGGACUCAGCCCGGUCUAUAGCUAAUCUUAGAUUACCUAAUGAUACUACGGGUUAUUCUUAUAUUCUGCCUAUCGAGUGGAAACCGGCCGAAGUCACAGUUUCUACUCGUUUGUCGGCGAAAACUAGAAAGUACAUAGAAUUUAGCGUCGUGGUCCACGUCAUAUGGAUGUUCGUCGCCAUCGCCCUGAGAUGCGUCGCGAGACACAGCACCAACGUCAGACUGCUCAAGUUGACUCUCCUCUUCUUCCUCUGCACAAACAUCUUCGUUGUCUUCUUUGACAUAUCCAUGGCGAUCGUCUACAUCGCCCAUAUCCAGCAGAGUCUGUCCAAAGGCAUGAUAUUAAGGUACAGCGGAUGGAGUGUUGACAUCCAAGUGAGUGAUCCAAACGAUUUCGCCGGAUGGUUGCCUUUGGCGGCUUGCUUCUCGUGGUUACGAGGAAUUUUCAUAUUGUUCUGGAAUAUUCUAUGCUGCAAAUUGAUCUACAAUAUGCGCUGCAGGAUGAAGAGAAGAGAGAUUAGGAGGAAGAUAAUGCAAAGGACUAAUCUGCCGAUACCAGAACCAGAUCCGACGGCGGAGAAUGACAGAGCAGUGUUGUAUUACAGAACCGGGGAACAUAUUCCUGAUACGCAUUUGUUACGUUCAAACCAACGGUCGUCGUCGUCAGUAAAUUUUUAA